AGUAGUGAGCCCAAAAGGUAUUAGAAAAAGUGCUAAACCUAUCUAUUCGUUCACGUUGAAUGCUAGACGUGAAUUAGAUUAGUCUUAUUUACUUUUGGAUCCAAGGAGAAUUAGUAAUCAUCAUCAUGGGAACUCAUAACGUAAAUGUACUUAUUUUCAUCACUUUAAUUUGCUUCUUAACAAAACAGGUCACGGCUGGACAAAAAGGGUUUCAGGUUUCUCUCUAUACAGUGACAUCGAAAAGCAUUUCAGUGCAGUGGACAAAGCUGGCAGGAACCCACUCAUUCAUGGUCACUGCUACUCCUAAAAAUGUCCUUGGUACUCCAGUGUUUGUUCAGUUCAAUGAAGCAAUAUUAAUUGGAACAGUUGGUUCUCUGCUUUCAAACACCAUCUAUACUGUUAGAGUGGAAGCACUGGACUCCUCUGGCAAUGUUUUGGCCCAGUCAGAGAUGGAGCAGCUUACAGCCCCUGACGUGCCCAGCAUUGAGCAGGCCUAUUCCAAACUGAGUAACAGCAUCACAGUAGAAUGGACAACACGUACUGGUGCCACUGGCUAUAUUUUAAGAGCCCAGUCUGGUAAAUCCAUAAUUGAAACCACAGUCGGAAGCUCACCUGGAACACUGAGUAACCUAAAGCCUGCUUCAGAGUAUACGAUCACAGUCAUGUCUGUUAACACAGGAGGAAGAAGCCAGCCAUCCAGGCCAAAGAAAGCAAAGACAGUUUUGGCAGCUCCUAACCUAACCUUGAGUUCGCCCAGCAAUGACACCAUAGUAGUAUCCUGGAGCCCCGUCUUCAUGGCAGCAGGUUGUCAGCUGUCCAUCAUGAGGUCUGAUGGAUUGGGGAGUCGAAUGAAGACCAAUGCUUCACAGAGCUAUGUCACAUUUACUGGACUGGAAGCUGGUAUCACCUAUAUCAUAAAGGCCAAUGCAUAUGAUGCUGAUUACACCCUGGGAGAUGAUGCUACUGUUAGUCAAAUAACAAGACCAGCCAGACCAGAAUCUGUCCAGGUGACCUUGGCUUACAGCAGGGCUAUAGGAAUGGAAGUGUCUUGGUCAAAGGUUGAAGGGGCAGAUAACUACACUGCAUACAGCACUGAUGGACUGAAUUGCACUGGUGUUGAUGGGAAAUGUCAGAUUGACUCUUUGCAAUGUGGAAACAACUAUUCGGUCAGCGUUUUAGCCUACAACAGAGCUGGGCCAAGUGUUCCAUCACUACCAGCUUACUUUUUAACAGUUCCUUGUGCCCCAGAUGUAACCAGUAUUGUAGAGGCUGUUCCGAGUAACCUUACUGUGUCUUGGUCUGUGAUGCCUUUUGCUGAGAAUUACACAGCUUUCGUGAAAAGAGAUGACGGCCUAGAAAACUCCUGUAGCACUGGGCUGAACAUCUGCUAUUUUCAGAUUCAGUGUGGCUUUAUGUAUUUUAUUAGCGUUUUUGCAUAUAACAAAGCAGGGCAAAGUCCAUUAGGCAAUGACUUUAACUACACCACUGCCCCUUGCUGCCCAGAAAACAUCCUGCCAGUGUUUGUCUCCAGUGACACUUUGGAAAUCACUUGGUCUGCCGUCCGUGGAGCUGAAGUAUAUGAGACCAAAGCAGGUUACGAUGCUCAUUUACUUCAGUGCAACGACACAGCGACUGUUUGCGCCUUGACUGAUUUGCAGUGCAAUGCCAGGUACACAGUGGUUGUCACCUCUUGCAGCGAAGCCCGUGGUUGCAACUCUUCUUGUCUGCCUCAAUAUGUGGAAACAGCUCCAUGCAGUCCCCAGAUUGAGAACAUUUCAAAAGUCAAUGUAUCCACUUUCAAUAUUUCUUGGAUAUCAGACAACGAUGCAGCAAACUACACUGUGAGGAUUCAAGCAGAAGGAGACACCGAAGCAAAAGUACAAACCUGUCACAGCACAGGAAGGUCGUGCCAAUUCAAUGAUCUGCCUUGUGGUGCCACCUUUGGAGUCAGCGCCAUUGCAGCCACCUCUGCAGGAGAAAGCCUACCAAGUUAUACUGUGCCACUUGAGACAGACCCAUGUUGCCCUCAGAACCUGACAGUCACCCAGGUGACACAGUCAAUGACUAAUGUUAGCUGGUCUGAAGGAACAAGAGCACAGUCAUAUGUGACAGUGUUGGAGUCGUCACGUGGCAAAGCCCAGUGCCACACUCUUCAGACGCACUGCCUGCUGGGGUGUAUUACUUGUGGAACAAACUACACAGUGACGUUAAACUCGAUAAGUGAAAGCGGCCUGAUGACCCAUUGCAGAUACCAUGGAUACUCCUCCAGUGCCUGUUGUCCAUCUAGUGUCAAGUUGUAUAGAAUGGCAAACAGCGUCAUCAGAGUGCACUGGCGGGCAGCUGUCUUCUCCCAGGACUACCAGGUUGACCUGUUUGGAUCCAAAGCCAAUUUCUCCUGCACUCCCUCAACCGGAUCCAGUUUUUGUGAUGUUAAAGAGAUAUCCUGUGGGGAUGUCUACACUGUUGUAGUGUCACCAGUUUCCAGUGAUGGAUCCAAAGUUACCUUCUGCCCAAGAAAAUUAUACUCAGUUUCUUGUUCAGGAAGCAAUGUAGGGAUGGUUAUUUAUCAAGGAAAAGGUACAGAUUAGCACAGGCUUGACAGCUGUGGACAUGAUAUUCUACUGAAUCCAGAUCUUUAUGCAAAAUUCUUCCUUUAUGAUCAUUAAAAGUAUAUGUCUAUAUCUGAAAAAUGAAGAUGAUUCAUGGUUAUAAUAUCUGGUGGGAAACUGUGGCAAGGGCUAUCGCCUAGUGAUCAUUUCAACUGAAAACAAAAAUACCAAAAGGAAUGCAAUAUAGUUAAAAAUAAGGAUGUUUAUUGAACCAAAUCACAAGGAAGAAAUUAACCAAACAAAAAGCAUUAAAUAAAGAAUCACUAAAAUACACUCUUAACUGUUCCACUGGAAC